GGAAUGAUAAAUUGUAAAAAUUAAAGUCAUUCCCUUAUAACAUAAGUAAUUUUUCAAUUUUUUUUUUAUUUAUAUCAUACAAUUGAACUAACAAAAUUUAUCAAUUUAGCCAAUACAAUAAAUAUUUAUCAUUAGUAUUUAUUUUAAAUAUUUUUUUCGUAUUGAUCUCAAAUAACCAUAAUGGCUGACAACAAGGAUUCCAAAGAAACUAAAAUCAAAGAAUUGGUAUCAUACAGUGAACCAGCGCUACGUAAUAAUGCGUCAAUUGUUGAAUACUGUCGAACAUCAAUGUCUGCACUAUCUGGAUGCACAGCAGGAAUUUUAGGUUUAACAGGAUUAUCUGGAUUUGUGUUUUACAUUUUAUCUGUAUUGGCGUUAUGGGGUCUGUUGUUAUACAAAGCUGGUAAUUUUUGGCAGAAAUAUUUUCUUACCAGACAUAGCCUUUUAACAGGAGGUUUUCUAAGUGGACUUUUUACAUAUGUGUUAUUUUGGACAUUUUUAUAUGGAAUGGUACAUGUAUAUUGAAAAUUGAAUGAAAUGCAAGAGAAAGAUCAUGUCGGCCAUAAAGUGUAUACAAUACAUUUAUGCAAUGAUAAAAUAAAAAUAAAUUAUUGCUUUAAGUAUUACUAUAAAUAAUUUAUUGUAAUUAUAAUAAUAAUAAUUAAUAAAUAGUUAUCACUAAUUAACAAA